GAGCUUCAACCUUCUUCAGAGCUGUGCAUUUUUAAAAAGGAGGUUCGUCGAGAGAUAGUGGAGAUAGGGGAGACCAGCAAUUAUGUUAUCAAGGAAGGGGAAAAUAUAUAUAUUUAGAUUCUGAGAAAGCGAGAUGCAUGUCUUAGUUUAAGAUGCAUGAGGAACUCUGCGUUGCCUGAUCACAGAAAUAAGCUGCUGCUCAACUGUUUGGGCCACCCUUUCGAGGGGAAAGUACCCUUUCAAGACACACUCUGUGGCAUCUUCGAAAUCAUUUCAUCAGUCUUAUGGAACACGUUCCUGAAGAGUGACAGAAUAAUAGCACUUUGGGUUCGGGUACUCCACACAAGGACAGCAAUUUCUAAGUCAUUAAGUGUCUUUAUUUAUCAGUCUGUGACGAUGUCCGCAUCAGUGAACUCCAACUGCACCGACCUGUACUCCCACUCUGGAGUGGCGCGUGUGCUUAUGCCGCUGGCCUACUUCAUCAUCUGUCCGCUGGGGCUGUUAGGCAACACACUGGCACUGCACGUCAUCUUCACCACGCUGACCAAGCUCAACCCCAGCACUUUGUACUCAGCCAACCUGGCGCUGUCAGACCUGCUCUUCUGCCUGGCGCUGCCACUGCGGGCUACGUACUAUGCCCUGGGCUUCCACUGGCCUCUGGGAGACGGGCUAUGCAAGGCCACGGCACUACUGUUCUACAUCAACUGCUACGCAGGCGUUAAUUUUAUGACCUGUCUUGCUGUGGAUCGCUUUGUGGCCAUAGCGCUACAGCCGAAGUUGGCGUGGGUCCGGAAAAUGCGGAAUGUGAAGUUCAUUUGUUUGUUAAUGUGGGUGCUGGUGUUGGCGCAGACACUGCCAUUAUUGACCAUGCCCAUGACUCACAAGGAGCACGAUGGCACCAUUACUUGCAUGGAGUACCCCAAUUUUGAGUACACGGUCCAAGGCUUACCUUUCAUUCUGAUUGGCGCUGUGGUUUUGGGCUACGGGAUCCCACUGGGGACAAUCCUCUUCUGUUACUCAGCGGUCUCGCGUAGACUGCGGCAAGCUGCACAGUCCAACCGUCUGACUGAACGUUCUGGAAGGACGCAUAAGGCACGGUCGGUGAUUGCUGGUGUGGUGGUGGUGUUUAUUGUGUGUUUCAGCCCGUACCACAUCAACCUGCUACAGUACAUGAUCCGGAAGCUUGUAUAUGACCCGAACUGCGCAGAGCUGCACUUCUUCCAAAUCUCGCUGCACAUCACUGUGUGCCUCAUGAACUUCAAUGCAUGCCUUGAUCCAUUUGUUUACUUCUUUGCAUGCAAUGGCUACAAGAAGAAAGUGCUGAAACUGCUGAAGCGCAACGUACACCCAUCACUGUCCAGUGUAGCACCCAGCUCACAUGACAGCUCUGGAACUCGUGAACAAACAACCCAUUUAGCCUGCCACGACAGAAACCGGACCCUGAACGCCAUCAAGAACAACUCCUGAACCUCCGCACACCUCACGGCAGCCUUCAGAUAGGAUGCAUUUUCCUGCUGUUAACGAUUGUGACCGUUUUGCACUGUACAAGAGAUUUCUGAAUAGAGUUGGUAGGGUUUACAGAAAGAUUUAUAUCACACCAAAACAAGUUCUCAAAUAUAUAGUAUAUAUCUUGUCUUCAAGGAAAAGGUUAAACUUUAACUUGUUGUAAUGCCUGUGUCUGUUCAAGGUGUCUUAGUUUGCUACCUUCCCAAUUUGUGCACUGUCCAACUGGGGGAAUCCUUACUAUUACUAAAAUAUUUUUAUAUUUAAAAUAUAUAAGCAGUAAUGAAAGGCUUGAGCACCUCCGGUAUACCAAAUCUGGCAUGAAUCCAACAAACUGCCGAGGAGGAGAAUGUCAAAAUGUAACGCAUCAAAAUGCACAAAACCAAAAAUAACCUCACUUCCUGUUAUGUAUGGCUAAUAUAAUGUACAUUACAAUUUUGUUUGUCUUGGGGCACCCCACACACCUACCAAAUUUUACAUGGAUAGGUGAACCUGUAUACCAGGCAAAAGUCUCAAUGACAUGUGGGGGCGCUAUGGGGUCAAGCAUCUAUCGCUGAGUAGCGGUGGCCAGGAUUGAUGUGUGCACCAAAUUUCAUGAGUUUUUCCACCCAUGGGAACCACCUCAAAAAUGGCGAAGUCUUGAAGAAAAAGAACAAGAAAAAAAUAAGAAGAAUCCUUAGGAAAACAAUAGGACCUUGCACCUCAGUGCAGCACCCUCCGAUGGACACCAGAGGCCAUGCACCUCCAGUACUUGAGCCCGAAAAAGAGGCUUUCCUUUGAGAAAAAAGGGAUCUGGUGGAACUCCUUUAGGAAGGCUGAACCCUUCAAAAAACCUUUAUUGGAAAAUAUAAAUAAUGCUUUUGAACAUUGAAUAUUUGGAAAAUCAGAGGUGUGUUGACAGUUGGUUAUUGGUGGAUUGACAUCAUAUCAGACCACUUCCUGAUGCGUCUCCAUAUUAGAAAACAUAUGGACGGACACACACACACACCUCUUACUCCACAGGAAAUGGCAAAACAUUUACCGACACGUCAAUGUGCACGGGAUAUAUUCACUUCCCCAUGGUUCUAAUGGCCAUUGUACAGGAGGUACACCUACAACCUUUCCAGAGAUUUCAAGGGAAUGAGAAUCCAUCUGACAUGACUGAUUGGAGUGGAACUAAAAUCACACAGAUACUUUAGUAAAAAACUAUACUACCCGACUUCCUGUUGUAAAAAUGAUUGUGUCCGAAUAGGGCUUGGGAUGGAUUACUUCCAAAGUGCAUGAGAAGACAAGGAGAUUGAGGAGUGCUGCUUAAUAUGGACAUAAUAUCAAAGCAGGUAUCGCCAUUAUAUUACGUUAUGACUACAGGAACUGUGGGAUCUCUCAGUAUACACAUAUCAGAUGUGGAUAAUAUGUAUAUCUUUAUAAAUGUGUCUUUGCAGUAAAUGGUAAUGAUUAAAUUGUAUAUCAUUUUCUUCUUCCCCUUAUCAGAGGUACUGCAUUUAUUAAACAAAUGUGAACAGUAUGGGAUUUGACAGGAAAUGGAUUGUAUACUGCAUUUUAAAAAUAGGUACUCUAUGGGUACAUGUGGCUACUGCUUAAAAAUAAAAAAUUGUCCAUACAAUAAUAAAUAUAGCGCACAUAUAUGCACAUUUUAUUUUGAGGCAGUAGUCACAAAAAUGAAGCGUAAUCCAAACAUUAACAAUUAAAAAAUCAUAGAAGUAAAAAUA